AUGAACUCUUUGUUUCAGAUGUGGUUUUUCUAUGCGGGUUACCUGACCCUCAGUAUCUCUGCCAUCACCAUUAUUGUACAACUAGCCUAUAUGCCAUUGAUCAUGAGAAAAGUUGACAACUCGCGAGAUGCCGUCCUACAAAGCAUCCGAGGUUUCAAGGUUCUGGAGAAGGACAUAUCCAGUCUGAUGGAGUCAGCCAAUCGUGAAAAGCGAGCAGCAACAGUAGUCCUUCCACGUAUUCCAGGACAGCCAGGCAAAGAUGGAAAACAGGGCAAUGACGGCGCACCAGGAAUUCGAGGAAAAGAUGCCAGAGACAUUCUCGCAGAACAGGAAGAGAAAUGUGUCGUUUGCCCCGCCGGUGAGAUGGGCCCCAUGGGACCGCCGGGCGAUCGUGGCGAGACUGGGGAAAAGGGAUCGAAAGGUCCUUCUGGCACUCCCGCAACUGAUGGAAUCGACGGUUCGUACAGUUGGAAAAACGCGGAAGGUGAUGUUGGACCCGCCGGUUACCCCGGAAAACCGGGUGCUCAGGGUCCAAGCGGACGACCUGCAGAGGGUGGAGUUGGCAAACCUGGACCAAAAGGAGCAGAUGGACCCGUUGGGAGGGCUGGAGCUCAAGGACCACGAGGAAAGCGAAACUACAUCUACGGACCGCCAGGUCCGACGGGCCAACCAGGUCCUAAUGGGCUGGACGGAGUAAAUGGGAAUGUCGGAGAUAGAGGACCAAAAGGACCACCUGGAGAAAAAGGAGCCGAUGCGAAGUUCUGCCCUUGUCCAAUGGAAUUGCAAAUUAUUAAUCAGCAAAAUAAGAAACUGCUCACUUUUAUCGCAAGGCACAGCAGUACAGGCACACCAUGUUUGAGAUUAUUGUCAUCACUAAAGUGA